AUGGCGACUCCAGAGAAGACAGAAGAGCCCCCAAAGGUCACUCCGUUGCUCGAGCUGGCCAAAUGCUCCAAAGCUACUCCCUCACCUAACCCGGACAAGUGUGGUCCCAUCAUCACCAUUGUGGUCGGUUCCGCCAAGAAAAUACGCGAAUUCCACGUCUACGAAGGCCUUCUCUCUCACUAUUCCUCCUACUUCAAAGCUGCUCUGAAGGGCGCUUGGAAGGAAGGUGCUCUCAAAACUGUCGAACUGAAGGACGAUAACCCGGAGGUCUUCAAGGCGUUCUUCCACUGGAUCAACACGGGAAAGCUCUACUUCGCGCCCAACGCUUCGGGAGAGAUUCCUCUGAGUGAGAAGCUCAUUUGCGAGAUCUACGUCUUUGGCGACGCACGCGGAUGUCCUGAUCUUUGCAAUGCUGCGAUCGACCUACUUCUUCAAAAGAUGCAUGAGGCAUGGAGAACUGCGCUCGCCGAACUUCCCUUUGUGUACGAAAAUACCCUUCGCGGAUCAGCUCUUCGGAAAUGUCUUGUAGAUGACUUCGUCGAUAACUUUCGCUUCCCGAAUCUAACGGACGUCAUUCAACGAGACGCUGAGUUGUCACGAUAUCCCCAGGAAUUUCUUGCCGAGAUUGUCGUAGCAUUCAUGGCUCUUGGAUCGACUCCCAUUCCGUCAGCUGCAGGGUGGGGAAAUCUGCCUUACAGCAAGAACAACUGGGUCACGCACAUCAAACCUUUGAUAUGUUCAAGAUAUCACGAUCACCCAGCACCUCCGGCUUGA